AUGGAUCUCCUUGCAUUUAGCGACCGACGAGGCUUUCAUGAACGGAUCUUACGGCUUAGUUGGAAUGCGAUACGGAGCUCGACUUUCAGUGACUGGCGACGACGGCGGCAUCUGCAAGCAUUGCAAACCCAGGACGAAAGGGAUGAGGGCUAUGAGACUGUUUACGAGGCACUGACCAUCCUACGUGAAUACCAUCUUAUUAGCUGGGACGAGGUGGACAGAGUAAUCGAAAUCCACCCCGUCGUCCAGAUAACAGCCCAGCGGCGCCACAAGGAUCGCGUGAACCACCAAGAAGAGCCUUGGGAGGUAGCAUUGACCACGCUAUCAGAGGCUGUUUCAUGGGACCCCCUGAAGAUUGAAGGUGUCCGUGAGCGGGACCCGUGGAAUGAUCGCUGGAUUAUUCAUACUCAUCUUAUCUCUUGUGUGGGCGAGGCUCAAAGUAAAAAUUGGUUUACCGCACCAGGGGAUGCUCUACAAGACCGAUGUGAAAUAGGUCUGAAAAUAUCAAUUGCUUUAGGAGAAAGCGGAAAGCUAAAAUUGGCAAGUCAACUUCAGAGAGAUACAUGUAUUGCCUUGGAAAAUCUAGCAUCCGAUACUCGCCCAGAGGUCGCGAUCCUUUACUACAAGGCGAUGAACGAGCUAGGAAUCAGCACCUUGAAUCUAGGAGGCUCGGAAGAAGCUCUGAGGAUACAACAACAAAUACAUACAUAUAUCGCGCAAUCUACAAUCGAAUUCGACCCAUUCGAUGUCCUAGCGUGGAAGGCAAACUUGGCACAGACGUAUUUCGAGCUCGGUAGUAAAGAGGAGUCCUUGAAAUUGCGCGAGGAGGUUCUUGAUAGCUAUCCCAAGAAAACCGAAUCGCCCCCGCACGAAGUCCCAUAUAUUCAGUUCCGCAUGGACGUUGCGGAUAGCUUAGAGAGCUUAGGAAGGACGCCGGAAGCCAUAUAUCACAGACACAUGGCGCUUGUUGAGUACUUGGGAAUCCCUUCCAAGCACUGGAACAUCGAUUAUCUCGAGCGGCUGCUAUCUAAAACGGAGGCACCAAAUAGGGUAGAAGUCGCACUGUUGAGAGGCAUUGCCAAAAGUUACCAUCAGUUCGGUCGCUACCUUGAGGCGUUAGAGAUUAGGGAGAAAAUAUUGGAAUGGGAGAAGAAAGUCUUACCCGAGUCUCACACGGCCCUUCUAGACAUUUACUCAGAAUAUGCUACAACGAAAGAAAAACUCGGCCAAGACGUUGCGGACAUAAGACAUCACGUCUACGACAAGACAAGGCAAAUCUUCAGUGACCAUCACCCGCGGACUGUUGCAGCACGCGUCGCGUUGGCUGAAAUCCGGGCACGAUGCACGGAAACAAAUAUGGGUAUAUACGAUGCUUACGAGCUACUUCGACAUCUAUUAACCCAAUACCCAAGUCAUCAUGUCAGUGUGCUCUAUGUCAAAGACCGCAUCAGCCACUUGAAGGUGUUAUCUCCCAAUGAAGAGGAUCGUUUAGAGGCAUUGAAUCUUCAGCAAGAGAUUUACGAUGCAAGGAGAGGCCCAGGACUCGAUGGCACUUAUGAUACCUUGGUUGCCCAAUUGCGCAUUGCCGAUUGCCUAUUUAGGCUUCACCGUCACUUCGACGCUUUCGAUGCUCAUAGCGAAGCCCUUGAGCGGGGACUUCAAAGCCUGACGGCAUACAAGCCUGGAACGCAGGAGAGACAGGCGCACCCAUUGGUGCUUACUACGAAGGCCGGCAUCGCCCAGGACUCCUUCAGACUUAGCGAUCCUCUGUGCAGCUGUUCCAAGCCUGGAGAUACCUGUAAUAACAUCCUGCCUUCACCUAACGUCUCCCGUCCAGGUAGCAUUAUAUCAACGGCUCUACCGACUCUGGGCCAACAGGACACUCCUUUGGUUCCUCUCAUGGAGGACUUCCAAUGGCCACUAGAUGGUAGACACAUCGAUAUAUCGCGGGAUGAUAUUGACCAGGUCAAGUUAGAGCAUAUGGAGAGGGCGAUAGGGUUAGCUCGUGAAGUCCUAAGGUCGCGAAUAGAUAUUUUCUCCGAGAGGCAUAAAUCAACGAUCAAAUCGUUUAUGCUUUUAGCCGAGGUAUUAGAUUUCGACGACCCUUUCGAAAAUGGAUACGAGGUGAAGCGUUCACAGACUCAAAUCAAAUCACUCAAGGCUCAGAUGAGCAUACGGGAGCUGCUCACCUUAAGUAUAGAGGCAAAUGUCAAUUCUCAGCAACGAGUGAAGGACUGGGUCGAGAGUCUUGAUGAUGCUGUUGAAGAACCCUGCCAGAACAAUAUAAGCCAAUUUGACAAUUCCGAAAUAUCGUUUACGGACGAACAUAUGAAGCAGCGGCUUGGAAAGGUGAGACGAUCAUUGGAAAUGGUUAGUGACGACAAUUCUUCGCUUUUCCAGGACCUCUCAGAGGGAACCAAAAGGCCGUUUAGUUAA